CCAUUGUCCGUCCCUGAGAUAGAGCGAACUUACGCCUGGUAUUUCAACAACAUUCAGAGUAUAUGUGGUAACCUGAAGCGCUUUGGUAGAGUCAAAGAUGGCGGAUGGGAUGUAUGUCUGGACGAAGAUUUGGUACAGAAAGGUCACUGUCUAGUUUACUCGUUCGGAAUCGAUUUCGAAUUUAGCUUUGAUGACGGUAUCUCUGAAGAAUGGGGCUGUAUGGUUCACUCAUUUGACCCGAGCAUGAACACAGACAGUCAUCGACGGAGUCCUAAGGUAUAUUUCCACAACUUGGGACUUUCCAAUUUUAACGGAACGACACCGGGGGCCAACUGGAAAAUGUUGACAUUUCAGGGAAUAAGACAAGAACUCAACCACCAAAACAUUAUUCCAGAUAUUAUUAAAAUGGACAUAGAAGAUUGGGAAUGGCAUGCUAUACCGGAAAUGUUGACCUCCAAAGCUUUAACCGGCGUGAAACAAUUCCUGGUGGAAUUUCACUUUUCUAACAUACCGGAGGCGGAUACGGAGGGAUUUUGGAUAUCAAAAUUCUUCCUACUCAAAGAAUUAUAUGCAAUGGGAUUUCGAAUGACCUGGAUUACACGGAAACUCCUGAAUGUUUGGCAGUCCCGCGUAACGGGAAAAGACAUCAUUGGUUGUUUCGAGGUAACAUUUAUCAGGAGGUGAUAUCAAAGAGCUUCUUUUUAAAUCAAUAUUAUAAAAUUACAAAA